AUGUUCCUGCAUCUCUACUUCGUCGCGAUCCUUAGCCUGACCUGGGCACAAGAGCAAUUCUUCCAGUCAACAGCAAAUAGUCCUGGAAUUUAUUUCGACCCCAUCGAAUGCUUUAACACCCAGAAGGAAUUGAUCUACUCGCGGAAUCCCACUUGUCGUCUUAUCACGUCGUCAAUUCGCGCCAUCACCAAACGAGGUCUAUAUUCCGCGGCUAAUUCGCGAUGCUUGUGUACGGCGCUGUCCCCGGACUGGCUAAAAGCGUUCAGCACUCAGGAAGUGGGCAAAAACGGCGGCAUUGAGCGACUUUCGCGUUGGAACGUCCUAGGAAUGCAGAGUUGGACUGCGGUGAAACUUAAUAACCGGCGCACUCCGAGAACCGCUCAGCGAGACUUGUGUCGACGCCUCGCGAUC